AUGAACGAUCUAGUGUACAUCAAUAAUUAUCUUAAGCUAAAGUUGAGCUAUCACAAACACGGCGAAAAUGAAUUUAGAGUAGUUGGAUUCGAGGUGGAAGCUCGAUCCAUCGACACAACUCAAUUGAAGUUUGACGGGAACACUUGCAUUCUACCGAGCGAGGCCAGCCCGCAGUUUGUCAAUCCAAAAGGCACGAGUCUCCUCUUCCUGUACUCGGUGGAAUGGAAACAGUCGGACGUCAGCUGGGCGAGCAGAUGGGACGUGUACCUCGGCAUGAGCGACGUCGAAAUUCACUGGUUCUCGAUCAUCAAUUCUCUCAUUGUCGUUUUCUUCUUAUCUGGAAUUCUUACGAUGAUCAUGGUGAGAACACUUAGAAGGGACAUAGCCCGUUACAACGCGGGCGAGAGUGACAGUUUGGCAGGUCUGGAUGAAACCAUCGAGGAGACCGGUUGGAAAUUGGUUCAUGGAGACGUGUUCCGACCGCCGACCAACUCGCGCUUAUUCGCCGCCGUGAUCGGCAGCGGCAUCCAGAUAUUUUUCAUGGCUUUAAUCACGAUAUUCUUCGCGAUGCUGGGAAUGCUGUCGCCGGCGAGUCGAGGAGCCUUGGGCACCUGCGCGAUAUUUUUGUAUGUGUUUUCCGGUUUAAUCGCUGGCUAUUUCUCAGCUCGAUUGUACAAAACUAUGCGGGGUCGAGAGUGGAGAAGAGCCGCUUUACUGACGGCGACGUUCUAUCCAGGUAUAGUCUUCACGACAUGCUUCUUCCUAAAUUUCUUCAUAUGGGGAAAACACAGCUCUGGUGCGGUUCCCUUCACCACAAUGGUGGCCCUGCUGUGCCUCUGGUUCGGCAUCUCACUACCUCUCGUCUAUCUCGGUUACUUCUUUGGCUAUCGCAAGCAGCCCUUUACGCAUCCCGUUAGAACGAAUCAAAUCCCUAGACAAGUUCCUGAACAGCUAUGGUAUAUGAAUCCAAUAUUAUGCACUCUAAUGGCUGGAAUCUUACCAUUCGGCGCGGUAUUCAUAGAACUGUUCUUCAUCCUGACUGCGCUCUGGGAAAAUCAGUUUUAUUAUCUUUUCGGAUUUCUAUUCCUCGUUUUCUGUAUCCUUGUAAUCUCGUGCUCGCAAAUAUCGAUAGUCAUGGUCUACUUCCAGUUGUGCGGCGAAGAUUAUAGGUGGUGGUGGCGCAGUUUCAUCGUAAGCGGUGGAUCGGCGGUCUACGUGCUGGCGUAUUCCGUCUUUUAUUUUGUCACCAAACUGAAGAUCACCGAGCUGGUGCCGACUCUCAUGUAUUUCGGCUACACCGCGUUAAUGGUCCUCACAUUCUGGUUGCUGACCGGCACGAUCGGCUUCUUCGCCGCGUACGCCUUCAUCAGGAAAAUAUACGCGGCCGUCAAAAUAGACUAGUCAAAAUUAUCGUUAGAGUAAUGCAAGCGAAAUAAAUUUAGACUUAAUUUAACCGAGCGAGAGAAAGGGAGCGAGCGAGAGAAAGAGAGAGAGAGAGGCAGAAAGCUGAAAUUUUCGUAUCGUGUAGGAACAAUAAGUGAAUCGAAGCGGAUGCAUCUCAUCUUCCACGUGAAAUUUUGAAACUGCGAACAUUGCACAAGAUUUUAUGACACGUGUACGCAUAUUUGAUGUAUUGACGUAAGGUUUCUACGUGUCUAUUCUUGCGUCCGUCAUAAUGAGUACAAUGUAAGCUCCAUGUUUGUCGCACGGCUUAGGAUUUGCAAAACUGUCGCGAAUAUAAAGAUUAAGAGACAAUAGGGAAAAGAUAUAUAUUGAAAGAUAGAGGUCCUUUCAAGAAAACAUUUUUUUCUUUCUUGAUACUUUUUUUUAUUUUAUUUAUUUUGAGAUAAAUAUCACAGCGAAGAGAGAAAGAAGUUCUUCUAAUAUCUUUAUUUUAAAACAUUGCAAAAAUCAGUUUUCUGUUUAUCACUUCCUUUUUUUAUGGCGGAAAAUAAGCUUUUCAUACUUGGGAAUGUACACGAAAUAUGCGCUUAGGGAAGGCGCGAAUAUGGAGCUCCAAUGUAUAAUAAAUCUAUUUUAUUUAUAUAAUACUUAGUUGCAAGGUUUCUCCCGUGAGUACUUAUGAUUUACGACAUACAUAUAUAUAUGUAUACAUACACACGAGAAAAUAAUCGAACUGAUCUACGAACAGUUGGACGUUGGCUAUAUCAAUAACGUUUCUUGUCGAAGACCAAGGGACUCUGUAAAAAUAUUCAAGUAAUGUGAUAUUAGUAACAGUCAAUGUGCGAAAGUAUUAUAGCCGAUAAAAAUGAGCCAGUCUAAAGUGUUUAUUGUUUCCUUUAAUGUAAGAAUACAACAUGCAACUGUCUCGGCCGAUUAUUAUUAUUAUUAUUAUUAUAACAAUAAGCGCGGUAUGCAAUGUAUAUGAAUAAUAACAUAGUUUUGUGUAUUUACUUUACAUUCGUACGAGUGCACGUUUUCAUUCUUCAGCUUUCGGAUCAUGUCAUCACAAACCUCUGUGCGUCUAGGUCCGUUGAGAUUCGAUUUGUAAUUUUUUUUUUAACGCACUUAUAUAAAAUUCGUUGGUACUUACAAGAUCUUUUAGUAAACAUGUCUCAAGUUCUCCAUAAUAGAAUUCUAUGUACAUCGAGAUCGACAUCGUUAUAAUUAUGAUAUAUCACAAAGUAUUUUAUACUAUUACUGUUGUAAAUAAUACGUGAUGGAUAGCGUGUACGAAAAGUGUAUACAGAUAUGUCCUAAUUUCGACAAUUAUAGCCUCCAUAAAUUGCA